UCUGGAAUGUCAUUUUAUUUUUGAUGUUAAAGAACUUUGUCACAUCUUCAAUAGUAUAUUCAAUAUACGUAGAUUAUAUUGACUUUAAAAAAAUCAUUAAUUCGUUGGUCAACCACGAUUUAUCUACCUUGAAUAACAGAUGACGCGUCGAUCGCUCAUGUGAUCUGUACUUCCGGGUGAAAUAUUGACAACCGAAGAAUCUUGUGAUAACCUUUAAAACCAACAAAAUGUCGGCUUAUAUGAUGCCAGAGAUGUACUUCAACAUAGACCAUGGCUAUCUUGAAGGUCUGGUCAGGGGAUUCAAAGGCGGAAUCUUAAAACAAGCGGAUUAUCUAAAUCUUGUACAGUGUGAAAGUCUGGAUGAUUUGAAGCUUCAUUUACAGAGCACUGACUAUGGAAACUUCCUUGCUAAUGAGCCUAGUCCCCUAACAGUGUCCGUCAUUGAUGACAAACUCAAGGAAAAACUAGUCAUUGAGUUCCAGCAUCUACGCAACCACUGUUUAGAACCACUAGCCACUUUUCUGGACUACAUUACGUACAGUUACAUGAUUGACAAUAUCAUUCUGCUGAUUACUGGGACACUCCACCAGCGACCAAUCAAUGAGCUGAUACCCAAGUGUCACCCACUAGGGAGCUUUGAGCAGAUGGAGGCCAUACACAUAGCAGCUACCCCUGCUGAGCUGUACAACGCUGUGCUGGUCGACACUCCUCUCGCUCCUUAUUUCAUUGACUGCAUAUCUGAACAAGAUUUGGACGAAAUGAACAUAGAGAUAAUCAGAAACACACUGUACAAGGCAUACCUGGAGGACUUCUACAGUUUCUGUAGCGAGCUGGGCGGGGCAACUGCCGAGGUGAUGUGUGACGCGCUUUCGUUUGAGGCCGACCGUCGUGCUUUCAUCAUCACAAUCAACUCGUUUGGUACCGAGUUGACGAAAGAUGACCGUUCAAAGCUGUAUCCUCGCUGUGGUAAACUGAACCCCUACGGUCUGUCUCAGCUCGGCAGGGCAGAUGAUUACGACCAAGUACGAGCUGUUGCCGACAUCUAUGGUGAAUAUAAAGAGUUGUUUGAGGGAGCUGGUACCAACCCAGGAGACAAAACACUGGAGGACAAAUUCUUUGAUCGCGAGGUACAACUGAUGAAGAAUUCCUUCAUGCAACAGUUCCAAAUGGGUACAUUUUACUCUUACGUAAAACUGAAGGAACAGGAAAACAGAAACAUCGUGUGGAUCGCGGAGUGUGUGGCACAGAGGCAUCGGGCAAAAAUAGACAGCUAUAUACCAAUCUUCUAAACAAGAUAGCUGAUCAUGACCUGAUGACAUUUGAAUUGUAAGCAAAGAUGUUUCCAACUGAGUGAAUAAGCCGGAAGUCUCUGCUACGCUAGAAACAAGUCUUUUAAUUAGGUCUUAGAUACAAGCAAUUCUUAUUCUAAGAUAACCAAAAGUUGUUUUUAAAUUCAUUACCCCUGAAAUUUCAUAAUGAACUAUUCCAACCUUUGUAUUGGAAGAGUUCAAAUGCGUCCUCAGGGGUGAAUGAGUUAACAAUAAGGUGGUAAUCUUGGAAUUUGAAUGAUCAAUUUGAAUGUGUUUUUUGAAAUAUUUCUUAUUAAUUUAGAAUAAACUAAAUAUUUAGAUGGGAAAUUGUGUGUAUUUUUGACAGUCGCAAAAUAUAUAAGGAAGCGAUAUAUUAAAGGCGAUAAUUAGAACACUUCCUAGAAGGCUUCCUAAUGUGAUGAAAACAUAUACUUACAUUCGUGAAGACAUUGGAUUUAAAAAAACACUACCACAUUUAACCGGUGAUAAGCCCAUGCCUGUUGAUAAGCCCACCCCCUAUACUUGAUGUUUUCAUUGCAGAUCCCCAUGGGCUUAUCAGUAAAAUACGGUAUAUUAUAUCUAUCUAGUCGUGUAGAGAGGACAUAGCAUAUUUACAGUGUGGAGUACUUGUACUUGUAUUAUCGAGGGUACUGAGACACAGCUGCCCCAGGCAAAAAUGUGUGAAUAUGGUACAUUUCUUGCUUUGACAACAAGCAAGUGGUAAGGAUAUUGAUAAGUGGGAUAAAAGUUAUUAAAUAUCCUUUUAAAUGUCGAGGACUUAAAUAACAGGGAUUUGCUAGUUAUAAAAGUUACCAACAAUUCGCAUUCAAGAAAAUAUUACUAAUGUAUUUUUAUUUUUUUUUAAUUAUCAUGAUUUCAAGAUAUAUCAACUUUUAGAAGUUGUAUUUGAAUUUAGGUUGAGAAGAGAAAUCCAUUGACAUGCAUGACAUUCCAUAUAGUCCUGUUUUGUAUACAGACGUACUUAAGGAUCCCUGUACCACUGCCAAAAACUGUAACUUCCUGUUGGAAACCUUUUUUCCCCAGCAUGACUUUAGUUUGGAUAAAAUCAUUUCUGAAAAGAAAACCAUACCUGACAGGAUUUUUAUUAGAAAUAAUAAAGAUAAAUACACAAAAUAUUAUCAAUAAUAGCAUUUCAAGUGUAAAAAUGCAGUGGUGCUCGACAGGGAUUCGAACCCUGGAAAUGAGACCGUUCUACUAUCGCUCUUACCGAUUGAGCUACCUUGUCAUGGAAGCGCUCUGCCCAAAUUUUUCUGCAGUUACAUCUAAACGAAAUUUAAGGGGAGAUUACCGUAUAAAGGAAAAAACAUGGUGCCGAGGGACAGGGAUCCUUCAAUGAAACAAACAUUUGUCUUAUCAUACUUUUGUGUUUUUGAGUGAAUGUCAACAAAUCAUAAACCAUGCUUAGUCUGUUGUGCAAUGCAUUACAGCUGUAUAUAUUGACUUCAAGUUGACUUGCUUAAUAGAAAACAUAUUAUAAACGAUUGGGAAAGAGGGUAUACAUGGAAUACUUUUAACAAAGAUCAGUCAGAAAAGUGUUCAUUAUUUGUUGUUCAUGUUUUAAUACUUUGCUAAAUAUAAAAAUUAAUAUCCUUUGACCAUAUUUUGAAAUGUAUGUAUUCAGGA